AUGGACAUAACGGUCAUCAGCAUGGACGUCUUGGCUUUCAUAUUCCUGCACACUGCAGCUGUGCUUGACAUAAUAUUGUUUCUAUGUUAUUUCUUUUUGAAAACGCCGUUCGACGGAGGCCAUCGGCAUUGGAUAGAGGAGCAAUGGGGAUCUCAUCACCGGCUCAUCUUCUCCCAACGUCAAGGGAAAUUGGGAACGCACUGCGUUCGAGGUAGGUCGGUAACAACUAAAGGAUCAUCAGACCCUGGGGGGGAUGGCGGCUGCACUGAUAACCGAUGCGAGUACGCACGGCUAGGGUGUUGA